GCUGCGCCCAAUCGGGAGUGGGGGGAAGAGGCGGGCUGCUGUGUGUCGGCUGUAGCUUGCGGCGAGCUCGGCGCCCAGGGCGUGUGCGGAGCGGAGUCGGCGGUCGGGCGAAGGGGGCGAACGAUGACCCGUGGUAAUCAACGAGAACUAGCUCGUCAGAAAAAUGCAAAGAAAACAAGUGAGCAAAGUAAGCGGAAAAGAAAGGAUGAUGGUUUAUCUGCUGCAGCCAGAAAGCAGAGGGAUGCUCAAAUAAUGCAGCAAAAGCAAAAAGGAAAUGCAGAUGCUAGAAAAGGAGCUGAAGCAGGAACUUCAAACUAACCUGCACUACCCUGCCCAACUUUCCUGGAUGGGUGCAACUAAUGAGCAAUGCGGCUUUGUCUUCAAAUAUUGAACAUAGUUAAAACAUUGGGUUUCGGUACUUCAGAAAAUUGCAUUGUUGUAUCUUUCCUAUUGGAUUAUGCCAUGUUUAAUGCUGAAGGAAGGUGUCUUGCGUACAGAAUUGUUACUUGAUGCAGUGUUAGACCAUAUGCUAUAGAGCAUUUUCUUCAUGAGCAUAAUUCACUAGGGGUAUUUCCAAUAUAAGCAGAAAAGGUGCUUGCAUUUGGAUUUGUGACUAGCCUUGUAUUUUUGUAUCAAUGCUAACCCUUUAAAUUCUGUUUUAAUAAAGACAGCAUUUAAGUUGACAAA